UACCAUCGAAGAUGAAUUCGUUGUUGAUGAUCACUGCUUGUUUGGUCCUGAUCGGAACAGUGUGGGCAAAGGAAGGUUAUCUGGUGGACGUAAAGGGCUGCAAAAAAAAUUGCUGGAAAUUGGGAGAAAACGAUUUUUGCAAUAGGGAAUGCACAUGGAAGCACAUAGGAGGUAGUUCCGGCUAUUGUACAUGGUUAGCAUGCUGGUGCAAAGGUUUGCCCGAAAGUACACAGACUUGGCCCCUUCCUAAUAAAACAUGCGGCAAAAAAUAAUGGCAACGACUUUUUAGUGUCCACCAACAGAAAUAUUAUAACGCUUCUUAAUUCCAAGUAAAUAAAAUAAAAUGUAAUACUUUCAUUUGAAAUAUUUUUAUUAUGUGAUGUACAGUUUACUGUAUA